GAAUUUGAUCGACGCUCAAACGACCUUUCUGGUAUAAAAGGAUCCCGGUCUUCAUGAUUUUAACAUUAUUCCCCCAGUAGUGAACGGAAGACGACUGGUACACACAUAUUGUUGUACAAGGAACGGAAAUCGCGAGAUAUCACGACUAGUGAAUAUGUCGAAGAAUAGUUUGUUACCAUUGAUCAUCGCAGUCGUUGCGUUAGUCGUAUCAGUUGACGCGAAAAUCCCUAGCUACAUACACUUGUGCAAUCGAAAUGAUCCGGAUAUGUCGAGUUGUGUCGAAAAUAGCGUUAAUGAGCUGAAGCCAAAAAUGAUUCAGGGAAUACCCGAGCUCGAAGUGCCACCAAUUGAGCCGCUUGAAUUGGGUCAUAUAAAUCUGAACCUGGGUCCUGGAAUUAAGGUAGAGGGCAGAAACAUACAGCUAUCAGGCUUGAAAGAUUUUCAAAUACGUAAAUUGUCCGUAAAUAUCAAGGACGAUGUCUUCUACAUGGAGAUUGAUGUCCCGAAAUUAUUGGCGAGAGGAACUUACGAUAUCGAUACAAAGAUUGGGUCGAUAGCCUUGAAAGGCACAGGCCCUUUGAGUUUGGUUGGAGAAACCGUUACUGGCCACAUAACCUUACACGGCAAGAAGAUCCCCAAGAAUAACAAGACGCUCUACUAUUUUGCGAGCAUGCAGCUAAAGCUGUCGAUCGCAGACUACGAUUUGAAGCUGGAGGGUAUAGGUGGGGGUGAUAAGACUCUCGGAGAAGUAACCAACAAAGUGCUAAAAGAUGAAAAAGCCAGUAUAUUGGAGAGCGUGCUACCAGCCAUCGAGGAAGCGUUGAGCCAGUAUCUUUUGAAAUCAGCGAAUAACGUAUGCAAGCAUUUUACAUGGGAAGAGCUGUUUCCUGUAUCCUAGUUAAGGAUAAGAGAU